UGUGGGGUUGUUCCUUCAUCUCCCUCCAAUCUGUGUUUCUAAAACUGAAAACCCUCUUUCAUAAUUCUAUCUCUUUCCCUUUCAUCGCUCUUGCCUUUCAAACCCCUUUUCUUUAUCAACCAAUACCCCCCAUCAUCAUGUAAUCACCAACGACCAAUAUGUCGGAGCUAGAAUCACUUGGCCAGAGGAACCGAUUGUUACUCCAGUGGGACUCCAUCGCGAGUUAAUGCCAAAGCAUGUUGAAGUCAUCAUUGACGGAAAUAGAAGAUGAGCUCAGUCAAGAGGAUUGAUGCCUCAGGCAGGCUACUUGACCAGUGUCGGAGCAUUGAAGUUUGUGGUGGAUAUGUGUCGUAAGUGGGGAAUCCAAGUUCUUACAUUCUUCGCCUUCUCAUCGGACAAUUGGUUAAGACCUAAAGUCGAAGUCGAUUUCUUAAUGAGACUGCUUGAAAACACAUUAAAAGAUGAAGUUGCUUCCAUGUCGAGGGAUGAAAUUCAAGUUUCUAUCAUUGGAGACGUAUCUAAGAUUCCACAAUCCUUACGAGAUUUCAUUACACAUUGUGAGAACCCUAUUCUUGUAACUUACAAGUCAUGA